GGGACCGAGGGAACUUCUUCCAUAGUCUCCUUCCGCCCCUCCUUCCUUCCUCUUCCGGUGACGGCGGCACCAGAUAUUAAAAAAUGGUUCAACGCCUGACAUACCGUCGUAGGUUGUCCUACAAUACAACCUCCAACAAAACCAGACUGUCCCGGACACCAGGUAACCGAAUUGUUUACCUGUACACCAAGAAAGUUGGCAAGGCACCUAAAUCAGCAUGUGGCAUCUGCCCAGGGAGGCUCCGUGGUAUCCGUGCUGUUAGACCUAAAGUGCUCAUGAGGCUGUCAAAGACAAAGAAGCAUGUCAGCAGAGCAUACGGUGGAUCCAUGUGUGCAAAAUGUGUUCGUGACAGAAUCAAGAGGGCAUUCCUUAUUGAAGAACAGAAAAUUGUGGUGAAGGUGCUGAAGGCUCAGGCACAGAGCCAGAAGGCAAAGUAAAAUCAUAUUUGCAUUGAUUACAUCAAAAUAAACCUGUUCCACUUGUAA